CGGUACGCCACAGCAUCCGACACCCAACCAAAACACCAGAAGCAGCUCUGCGUCUGGGAGUGGUGAAUCUCGACUAACCGCAGUGCAUAGUCGCUGUUCAGCUGCAUCUUGACGUUAAUACAAAAUAGGAAGAAAAGAAGGGGAAAAAAAAACACUCGCAAUGUAAACGUUAGAUUCUUCAGUGGAGUAUCGUCUCCAGCUGCGUGUGUCCCUGGUGUUUACUAUUUGGCCACACAAUGCAGACGGUGAUGCGGUACCGGUGGGGGUGCGCUUCUGAAGAUCGCCUUCAGUAAACGAGGAGACGAGCUUCAUCCAACCAGACGUUCAGCCACCAGAACGGAACCACGCGCUGCGGAUAAUGUGUUUUUACUCCUUGCCGUUCUCCAUCCUGUCUCGGUUAAAGUGGUCGGAAUCGACUAAAGCCGCUCCGAGAGAUUAAACGACAUUUAUUCCCACGAAGAGCAGAGACAGAGAAAUCAAGAUGAAGUUUCCGACUGAGAAUCCAAGAAAACCAGGGAACAUGAACCCUCCACCAGUGGCAGUCCAGACCAACCUGGUUCCCCCAAAGAAGGUGCAGCCAGGUAUGCUUCAGUCCAGCUUAGUGCAGGCCAGUGUGGCCACGAUGCAGAAUCCGAUGGGUUGUGCUUUGCCACGACUCUCUGUCUCCUCCCGUCCCACUACCAUGGUGGCCAACAUGGAGGCAGCGGCUGAUGGCUCAGCCCCUUUCACUAUGAUGAAGUUGAAGACGGUGCUAGCGGUGUUUGUGGUGGUGGUGGCGUACCUCGUGGCAGGGGGCUUGGUGUUCCGGGCACUGGAGCAACCCUUUGAAGAUAACCAAAAGAUCACAAUCACAGCAGAGAAGGCAGCCUUCCUGCAAAAGCACCCGUGUGUGUCCUAUGAUGAACUCGAGGCUAUAAUAAAGCAUUCUAUGGAGGCUGUGAAUGCUGGAGUAAAUCCUAUCGGUGAUACCUCCUACAACUCCAGCCACUGGGAUCUGGGUAGUGCCUUCUUCUUUGCUGGAACUGUCAUCACAACCAUAGGGUACGGUAACAUUGCCCCAAGCACUGAAGGAGGAAAGAUUUUCUGCAUUCUGUAUGCAAUAUUUGGUAUCCCGCUGUUUGGAUUCCUGCUGGCAGGUGUCGGAGAUCAGCUAGGUACCAUAUUUGUCAAAAGCAUUGCCAAGGUGGAGAAAAUGUUUCGGAAUAAACACAACCAGAUCAGUCAGACUAAAAUCCGUGUGGCGUCCACCCUUCUCUUCAUUCUGGCUGGGUGCAUCUUGUUCGUCACCAUCCCAGCAGUGAUUUUCAAACACAUUGAGGGAUGGACAGCUCUGGAGUCCACAUAUUUUGUCGUCAUUACUCUGACAACGGUUGGAAUAGGUGAUUAUGUGGCAGGUGGAGACCGGAGGAUUGAGUACCGGAAGUGGUACCGACCCCUAGUGUGGUUCUGGAUCCUGGGUGGUCUGGCCUACUUUGCUGCAGUGCUAAAUAUGAUUGGUGACUGGCUGAGAGUGCUGUCCAAAAAGACAAAAGAAGAGGUUGGAGAGAUCAAGGCUCAUGCAGCAGAGUGGAAAGCAAAUGUGAGAGCAGAAUUCCGGGAAACACGCCGGCGUAUGAGCGUUGAGGUCCAUGACAAGUUGCAGCGAGCUGCCACCAUCAGGAGCAUGGAAAGACGGCAACUAGGCCUGGACCAGCGCGCUGUAUCCCUGGACAUGCUUUCCCCAGAGCGCCGUGCUAUCUUUAACAGCCUGGACACUAGCAAUUACAAGACCACUUCCCAAGAGAGUAUCGACACCAAGCUCAACAACCUUCGACUGCGGGGGGCCGAGCAGUGCGACCGCCGCUCCAACCACCAGACCACGUCUGAGGACAACAUUUUCAACCGCUUGGGCUCCGUCACCAAGCUGGCCAAGCGCAACAGGAAUCGGGACCUGAAGAAAAACAUACCAGAUGAGGCACGCCGGCCUCACAGUGAGGCUUAUGGCUGCAGCACGCCUACUUUUGACUGCAGCACACUUACUGCAAAUGAAGGCAAAAGGAAGGACGAAGAAGAGGAUGAGAAUGAAGACAAAGAAUACAACACCAGCUUGUCUGAUUUUCCACUGUUUGUGGAAGCUUGCAAGCCACAGAAUGGGUUUAUUCAAGAGCAGACCAAAGAGAAUGAGAGGGAGAAAACACUUGAUACAAAAGAGCUGCAUAUUCAGAUGGGCCCAUAGAUUGUGUGUACUCAUAACAAAAUGUUUAAAUACCACCAUUAGUGCCUUUGGUCUCCCUUUCUCCUGUGUGUACUUAAGCAAGGACAACAUAUGUCCCCUUGGUCUAUACACUGUAAUGUUCACAUAUACACUGUGCCCUAUGGAUCUGAUUGUGUUGUAUAAAUCCAAGACCUGGUAGGGUUUCUGCAAUUGUGCUAUGCCAAAUGAUAGUCAUAUUAAAGUAAAAAAAGAAAUGUCAGUAAACAGAUAUUUAAAGCAGAACAACCUAUUUUUUCUUUUUUUGCAGCUGUGGUCAUUAUUUCCCUCAAUAAUGGUGAUACUGUACUCAACCAUACAGUAGUAAUUGCUAAAAUCCACAUGUAUAGCCUUGAGGGAUAUGAAAUUCCAGUUGGAAUCUCUGAUUGAAAGAAUAGUGCUCACUAAAUAUCUCUAUUUUCAUGUUAGCAUACAGUGCAUCACCCACAAAUUGUAUGACAAAUUGUAGGCUAGUUGUGUGUCUUGUAUACAUUGUGCAUAUGUACAUAUGUAAGUGAAAUGAUGAUGGUACUUUUGAAACUUAUGUGUGCUUGCUUAUGUUUGCUUUGCUUCCAGUGUGUAUUUUGGAUUUUAAUCUACAUCCAACACGUAGCUACUGUUUAUACUCUCAGGAUCCACACACCACUUGUUACUGAGGUAAAACUAAAAAUACAGAGAGAUACGCAGAUAGAUUGUGUUUCCAUUACAUGAGCUAGUGUGGACUUUGUGCCUACGAAUAGGAACCAAACUUAUUGAUGAUUGGUACCUGCUGCUUUGGAGGGAAUCUAAGGAGGGAAACUGCUGGUAUGGCAGAUUCUCCAUACUGAACAAAAGUGUUACCAUAUGUUAUGGUCUGAUGCCUGUCUAGCCUGUCUAUAUGAUCCAAUUCUAUAUUGCACUAGGUGGUGAGAGCAGACCAUCAGGACGGCUCGAGUUGCCUGGACCUGGUGGUUUCCCACCCCACCUCAGUACGAGUGGAACUUUUCUCUUCUGCACAUCUUUGUUUGAUUGACAACAUUCUGCAUACUAACAUCAUACUGUUCCCCAUCUACACACAUGCACACACACCCUCACUAGUGAAUAUACUGCUACGCUCCAUGGUGGUUUUUUGUUUAUUUUGUUUUGGAUUCAUGUUUUUCAUGAAAAAUGUGUUAAUCAUUGGCCUUGACUCUGCAUAUCAGUCUGUAUUAUUGGCUUCUGAGUCAAGUUAUGGACACUUGCACUUAACAUGAAAUCCUACUCUCUAAUAUGAAGUGUCAUGUCAAGAGAUGAUUGCACAUACCUUAGCAAGUUCUGACAAGUACAUGGACCUACACCUUGAUGCUGUGACUCCAAAUGUGACUCAAUUUUAAGUCAUACACACACCUAUGAACGAAAAAAUAAAUCACUCAAAAAAGCUGCUGUGGUAGAGUAGGAUGCUAAUACAAAUGAAGCUUAAUUUAAAUGUAACACUUUCACUAUAUGUUUUGUUGUCAUGUUGUUUUUCAUUUAAGCUAUUCUUAACUAAAUUCUUAAAAUGUAAAAUUUAUGUGAAUGAAAAGGAUACAUAACAUGUCACAUGUUGUUUGUGCAUGGUCCCCAACCUAAAGUGGUUUCUCAGUGUCCAAAAAUAAAAGCUAGAUCAUGACCUCGUUGGACACCAUCUCAGGGCUUGUUGUCCUCCUGUUUGUCACUGAAACUGUCUGACAAGUACUGUAUUCACAUUUUUUGAGGAUGAAGUAUCAAUGGCUUUACCGUGCUCUGUGAAAAUGAAUUAUAGCAGACUGAAAGAUAAGCCAUAAUGCGAAAAGAGGGUCUGUUCCAUGCUGUACAGGCAAUACCAAUGACGCACGGGAUGAGUUACAGAUUAUAAAGCACACUGCAAUUGCUGUUCGAGUGCAAUGUGUACUUUUUGUUGUACUCAAGUCACAAACUGUCACAAAACAUGGACAUAUGGCUCACCCAUGAAUUCCAGAAGGGACAUUAUGGAGUUUGUAUUUGGUCGUAUUCCUCAUCUACAAUCUUGAAAAUUCAGCUGAAAGAAACUGAGUUGGACCAAUCAACCAUAACUACUGACAGGCUGAGACACUUGUUAAUCAAGUUAAAAUGCUCCAAAACAUACUUCUCUAGAAGCUUUAAAACCUCUAAAAUUAAUUCUAAAAGUCACCCAAAAGACACAGAAAAGAAGAAAAAUAAGCACUGAGAAUCAAAACUAGUGUGAAAAGAAUUGUGCUCCUUGGGACAUGUCUGGACACCAAAUGGAACUUUGUAGUUGCAUUUUUUAUUUUUUAUUUUUUGCAGCCAACCUUAAGUGGCCAUCACAAGUAUCUUAAGACAUUAAAGCGUGCAAUGUAAAAGUAUAAUACAUUUACACACUUGCCGUGUACCAUUGAGGGAAAUAACAUCAAAUGCUUAAAAAUAUGUAAACUGUGCCACUGACUGUAUUGCAAUGAUAUUAUGAUGCUCACAUUGUUUUUUGCAUACAUUCCACAGCCUCAUGUUAAUAUUUUCACUAUUUCUCUAUGUAGACUCUCAGUCUGAUUCUACUGUUCGCAGUACUAAGUGAAGCUCUAGGCUAGUGUGAAUGCAGCAAAAGCAAGGACUACAUGUGUCUUAAAAACGCUUCCAAAAUAUACAAAAUUGUCAAAGCUUUUAAAGAAAACUGAGACAUGGAACAAAAAAAGGCAUGCUCUAUUGCAAAGCUAUAUUAUGAUUUAUAUGGUGUUGAUUGUAAACCACCACACGCUCCAGAGGAUGGCGCUUACCAUUGCAUUUUGUUUUCUGUUUUCUAACUGCUUGUGCUAAGAUGCACAAGAAGCACAUGCUCUGUACUCAGACUUUGCUACAGCAUCUCUUGUGCAACCAUUACAUUAAAUGUAGUGAUUGCCUUUUGAAAAUAAAGAUUCCUGAAUAAAGUGCUA